ACAAUACAAAAUGAUUAGCUUUGUGACUGGAGAAGUGAUUGAAUUGAAACUGAAUCAAGAAUAUUCUGGUCAUUUCUGAGGUUCUCUCACAAAAUCAUUAGUGAAUUUCUCUUUUACAAUUUCGCUAUUUCCCACUGUACUAAAUUACGAAAAUAUUAACUUCAUUUAUACAAUGGUGGACUAUAGCAAGUGGAAAGACAUCGAGCUAUCUGACGAUGAAGAUGAGACGCACCCAAAUAUCGACACGCCAUCCUUAUUUCGAUGGCGACACCAAGCGCGCGUAGAACGCAUGGAAGAGCGUCGCCGAGAAAAACAAGAACAUGAGCAAAGAAAGGCGGAAAACAAAAGAAGGCUGGCCGAAGUAAAGACGAAGUUAUCUGAAAAUGGUGAUGGCCCCAACUUGGAAAGUUUAAAAAAGGAACUGGCUCAGCUGGAGAAAGAAGAAAAAGAAAUACAGAAGAAAGAAGAUGAUUUGAAAAAGAAAGAGCGGCUGACCCCAUGGAACGUCGAUACUAUCAGUGAGCCAGGAUUUACUAAGACUGUAAUAAACACCAAACCAUUAAGGUCUAAAGAUGAAAACUUAACAGAAGAAGAAAAAGAAGCCAAAAUGAAGAAGUUCAUAAAAGAGAAUGAAAAGCUUCUAAAACAAUAUGGCAUGCUGAGAAGAUAUGAGGAUUCGAAAAAGUUCCUGAUGGAGCAUAACCAACUGGUGUGCGAGGAAACUGCUAAUUACCUCGUUAUUUGGUGUAUUAAUUUGGAAAUGGAGGAGAAACAUGACCUGAUGGCCCACGUGUCCCACCAAGUCAUCUGCAUGCAAUACAUCUUAGAAUUGUCCAAGCAACUUGAUGUGGAUCCCAGAGCAUGUGUUGGUUCCUUUUUCUCAAGAAUCCAGGAAGCAGAGAAAACUUACAAAGACUCCUUUGAUGAUGAAUUGGAACAGUUCAAAAAUAGGAUCAGGAAACGGGCUGCAGAGAAGAUUCAGGAGGCAAUUCAGGAGCAAGAGGAAGAAGAGAGAAAGGCCAGGCUUGGGCCAGGUGGGCUAGACCCACUUGAAGUUAUGGAGGAACUUCCACAGGAAUUGAAGGAUUGUUUCGAAAAACGCGACAUACCACUGCUGCAAGCCACUAUAGCGAAAAUGCCAGAACAAGAAGCCAUCUACUAUAUGAAGAGAUGCAUAGACUCCGGUCUGUGGGUGCCAGGCAAGAAUGAUGAAGACGAGGAUACCACAGAAGGAGGAAGCAUGCCUAAUACCUCAGCUUCAGAAAAUACCGCACCUUCUGUUAGCACAGAGGAAGUAGACUGAACUUUUUAUGCAUUUACCAUGUUAAUUUUAGUUAAAUUUUAUAAGGACUAGGAAUGCUUUACACCUUCAAUGCCAGAAUAGUAUCGAUUAACGUUAUUUGGUUGCAUUCAGAACUUUUGGAGUCUUGCACUUGUCUGCAGUAUUCUAUGUUCUUUUAAUAACUCUAGAUAGAAUGUUUUUAAAAAUUAACCAAUCAAAUGUUGAAUGAGUGAUGAUAGUAGUUGUGAGGAGGUUAACUCCAUACUAAUUACCAUACAGGCAUAAUAGUAGAACAAUAUUAUCUUUCUUUUAUACAUUUACUAGAAAGAAAUCCACAUAUGAAUGUAUGAUGUCUGUAGUAACUGAUUCAAUGUUAAUACAUGUUGGAUAUAGUAGUAUAUCUUUAACAUUUUCACUUACAGAAACUCAAAUUUAUUUUCUAGAUAAUAGCCUGAAGUUGGUUUACCUGUACUAUUGAGUUUUAUCUUUGAAAUGCAUUGUAAUAUAUUUAUUAUAUGCAUUCCUAUUUUUGUAUUGUAACAAAUCUUGUGUUUGUAAAAAAAUAAACACCUACAAAAUUAUUUUUAAUUAAUAUUUGGAAUAUAAUAAAUAAUUAUUGUGUA